AGUAAGAGGUCUGAACCAUUAAGUGCUGAACCAGUAAGAGGUCUGAACCAUUAAGAGCUAGUAUAUUGCUUAACUAUUCAGAGGCAAAUGUCUGAUCAAUUCAGAUAAGAGGUCUUAACCAUUCAGACUCUGUAUAAUACUUAACCAUUUAGAGGCAAAUCUCUUAACCAUUCAGACAUCUGAACUAUUAAGAGGCUAAAACAAACAGUCUAAACCAUUAAGUGCUGAACCAUUCAGACAUCUGAAUCAUUAAAAAACUGAAACAAACUGCCCCUAAAAGGGAAAAGAGUAUAAAAAGAAGAGUAGAUUUGAUCUGACCCUUUGAAUGCAGUCACUGGAAGCAGCGAAAUCGCCGGAAUAUGGUGGGCGCGAUAAGAGCUGCGGCGAGCUUUUCAGUCACCGCGGAGUCCCGCAGCAGAAGCUCAAGAGACGGCGGCGCGUCUUCUUCAAAUGCUCAGAAAACGACGGUCCGAACCCCCCUUCUUUCGGCUUCUAAACGUUCGUGGGUCGUCAAAACUCAGUAUAACGUUGGAAGAGAAUGGAGAAACAAAGCAAAUCCUCCUUGUGUUGUCUGUGGAGGGAGUGGCCGAGUCGACUGCGACCGCUGUAAUGGAAGAGGGAGGACAAACCAUGUGGAGCUAGAAAUGCUUCCCAAAGGACAUUGGCCAAAAUGGUGCAGGUGCUGUGGUGGAAGUGGUCUGAGCAACUGCUCCCGCUGCCUCGGGACCGGCGAGUAUCGUCAUAUAAUGGGAUUUGACUUUAUGUUUAGCCAGUCUACCAACGGUGGUGACGGUUAGUUUGUUACAGGGGCAUGUCCUCAAUUUUGAAGGACAUAUAACAUUGUACUUUGUUCGACUCUUACAUGAACUUUAACAUUGUACUUUGUCUGUAACAAUGAAAGAGAAGUGUUCAAGUUAUGAAUGCCUAGUGUCAUAUAAACUGUGAUAAAGAAAAUUUUCUUGUUUUC